AUGCCGCACUUUACUGCGUCCACGGCGGUGCUGACCGUCGCGCUCCUCCUCCUCCUUGCGAGACCAGCCCACGCCUUUGGGGCCGGAAAUAUCGCCUCGCUCUCCAAGAUCGAAGGCCUGAAUUGGCGCCAUGGCGAUAUCGAAGAUGCCCUCCUUACAAUUGUGAUGGCCAGGGUUGCCGGCGGAAAGAAGUUUGACAAGUUGAGUGUGGCGAGGGUCUACUUUGGCAACUGGCUGCGGGAUUAUUCCCAAGCAAUUGAUGUCGGUACCGUCAAGUACGUAAGUGCAGAAGCCAUCAGAAUCCUCCUCUGGGUCCUUGGUUUCAUGACCUUCGGAUAUGGCACAAACGAAUUCGAAGUUACCGCCGAGCGUCUUGGAUGCUAUCGCCCCGAGGACCAUAUCGACAAUCCCAAGGACUAUGCCGAUAAUCUCGAUGCUUCACAAUAUGAUCACAGACUUCGCGGCCCCGUGGAUGAACGUGUCGAACUCGCCAUCGAUGAAAGAACUGGCCUGAAAAACUACAUUGCAAAUGAGCAGGCUGGUAUUAUGACCUCGGCACUGCACGUUAAGAAACUCUUUGCAAAGUGUAUCCAGCUUGGCAGAUCAUAUGGUCGUAGCAAGAACAAGGCCGAGCUCUACGAGGCUCUCCGUCUAAUGGGAACCGGACUCCAUUGUCUCGAGGACUACUCUGCUCACAGUAAUUACACUGAACUUGCUCUUAUUGAGAUGGGAGAGCGGGACAUUUUUCCUCACGUUGGCCGUCAGACGCAAAUUCGCUUGCAGGGCGCCCAGCACCCCGUCUAUCCUAUUGUCACCGGUACCUUUGGUGGUGUCGACUUUCUUCAUUCGGUUAUGGGUGAGGUUGGUGAUAAGGCUACUCAAUCCGAGAUUGAAGGCCUUGAGAACACCAUGCAAAAUGGAGGCAAGGCCGAUACCAGCCUGCUAAAGGAGCUCCUGAACUCCGUCCCCAGUGGGAUCUUUGGAAGUAGUGAUGAAGCUGGCAAAGCAGAUAAGCUUCAAUCCGAUGCCUUGGCUGCUCAGAUGAACCAAACGCGUGUCUCUCCUCGUCAACCAGAAGAAUUUACACGUCAGAUGCAGGAUAUUGCUCGGCAAAUCUACCCCAUUAUCCAGUGGCACGAUGAGACCAUGCAAAAGAUCAAAGGCGCUAUUGAGAAGAUCCCCAUCUUGCCGGACUUGAUCGAUAAGAUCACGGAUCAGAUUAAUAUCUUCGUGUUCUCCCUGCUUGCUCCAUUCGUCUUGCCAGUCAUCGGCCAGAUUAAGUCGGAAUUGAAUACGGGCUCUUCUGAGGUCAUACAGAGUAGCAGGGACAAGCAGUUUAUCGUCUUCAACGAUGACCACUCGUCAAACCCAACCCAUUCGAUGUUGUCAAAGGAUCACUUUUCAAAUAUCCUCAAUGAGCCUGCGGGAAAAAUUGCAUCGCAAGUGGUCAAAUGGGUGGUUCCUCAACUGAUGGAGGCCUGGGAUGAUGAUCGUAUUGAUGUGGACCGCACAGUCAACCGCAUCACCAAUGGUGUCUUCCAUCACCCGGCGGUUUGCCAUCUAGGAGAUGAUGGUGCCUCUGAUGGUCGACGGCAGAUGUUUGGUGUCGUCGAGGGGUGGUGGCGAAACAUGGACCGGAACCAACAAGAUGAAUAUCGACGAAAGCUUAGCCGUAGCGGUGUCCAGAAUGGCGAGAAUCACAAGGAAGGAGUCCAUGAUAGUGGCCACGGAUGCGGUAAACCUCUUGGGAUGCCCAAUCAAUCUAGCGGCAAACAAAGUGGUGGAAAUGAUCCUGCGAGUGCCAUCAUGGGUGGGCUCUCGUCCGCCAUGGCUUCUUCGGGGGGUGGUUCAGGAGGUAAUAAUUCUAGCAUUGGCCAAUUCGCCGAACAGGCUGCAGGUGGCGGGGCCGUUGGUGGCAUUGUCGGCGCGCUUGCAGGAGGCUUAGGCGGCUCCCUACUCGGCGGCGUUUUCGGAGGUUCUAGUGAACCCGAAACCAAGACGUAUGCCUCCCAAGGAUACACUCCCGACGGUGGCUACCAGCAAAAGUUCACAGAGGUCGGACGCCAGGGCAACCAAUACGGACAAGCUCAGUAUUCUGAGACCACCUACCCCGGUGGCGGUCGCCAGACGGAUUAUCAAGAGUACCAGCAGUCUGGUUCCGGUCGAGAGGCCUCUGGUUAUGAGCAGCGUACAGAAACCCGACCAACAUACGGCGGAGGCUAUGAGCAGACCACUGAACGUACUUAUGAACAAGGUGGUAGAGAAGGCCGUGCCUAUGAAGAACCCGAGCAUCAUAGGCAUCACGGACGUCGUAGUAACGAAUACGACAAUGAUCGCCAACAGGAGUAUCAAGCCCCUACCAACUAUGGUGGAGGUGGUUACCAGCAACGAGAGGAACGGUUCCAGGAGCCUCCCCGACAAGAAUAUGGCGGUGGAGGAGGAUAUGGCGGAGGUGGCUAUGAGCAGAGAGAAGAGUCCGGUGGCUACGGAAGCCGUGACAGGGAAUUCGAGGAGGAGAGAAGGGAGGAUUCCGAUAGCGACCGCCGCCGCCGCAGUGGGGAUGAAGAGUAUAACGAGGAGAGACGUGAGGGUGGUGGUGGAUGGUUCUCUUAG